AUUCUCUAUCAAUGGAAGGGAGCGCUAAUCUCGGUUUGGGUCUGCGGCGCCCCAGCUUCCAUGGAGCUCGGAAUAGCUCGAUCCGACAAGGACAAAGCUGCAGAGCCAAAACCGGAGCAAGCUUGUCUAUCCAUUACCCACAAGAGAUACAGUGCCGCAGCGCAUUUAACCCAACGUGGACACGAAGUCCCACUUGGACACGACGAGAUCUGCAGUCCCCACCGCUGACCCGAGGCUCGUUUCCCACCUGGACGCGACGAGAUCUGCAGUCCCCACUACUGACCCGAGAUGUACCCAAAGUUGGAAAUGGAUACACAAUGGCCAUCUUUUCAUCGCUUCCAGCAUGGCCUGCAUCCAUCCUGUCAUCAAUUCUGGCGUGGCUUGUUUCAUCGAUUCAAGUGUGGUUUACAUCACACAUCAUCGUGACUUGGCUUUGGUCACAACUCAAGAAAGUUAUGGAAACUUUGGCAACGUUUAUUCUUGCAGCCUGCGUAACACCAUUGGUUGUUGCAGUGGUCACCUUUUGUGCUCUCCAUCUGAAGGGUCCAUGUGGAGGUAAAGAAGAGAUUGAUCGUAAGGAAUACGCUCAAAAGAUUUUACAUGAGCUGGAAAUGAAUUCUGGGUACUUCUACUUCCUUUAUGGCAGCCAUGCCUCGGGAAAGUCGACGUUAAUAAAAAAGGCUCUCAGCUUGAAACAACGUGGCUACAUUUAUGUGCAUAUGCACGAAGGGGUGAACGUCCGAGACACGAGAGAAUGGCUAAGUGAAAAAAUCUUGCAACAACUACCCUUUGGAUUGCUUUGGAGCAAUGUCCUAUCCAAAGUCGACUUUUUCACUCGAAUUCUCCCAGGUGUUGCUUGGGUAUAUGGUUGUCUACAUGGCAAGACACCUAUCAUGCUGGUAGUGGAUGGUGUCACAGCUUUUGACGAUAAAUCCGAGGCCCUUCGUUCGAUCCUAGGAGUUGCCAAAUACGUCGCCGACAACAGGCUCGCGUCGUUUGUGAUUGUGGGAAGCGGAGGUGAGCUAGUGUACAUCUCUCGUAUAUCGAGUGCCUUGUCUCGAGCUAGAAUGUUACGAGUGGAGAGCGUUAGCAAGAAAAUCCUAGUGGAGUACAUCAUGAAGAAAUACAAGGAGCUGGAGAGUCGAGAGUCGGAGGUACACGAGCUAUUACGCUUGACAGGCUCAAAGAUCCUUAGCAUCAACCUCUGGGCACGAAUGCUUCUUCAUAAACCAAUCGAGCAGGUUAAAGCAGCAUACAUGGAAGAAGUAGUGUACCAUUGCUUCGCACGCGCAGGACUGCUCGAUCAAGAAAAUCGCCCGUGGGUGGUCAAGUUGCUGGAAGCACUUCGAGGCAACGGUGGGAGGUUGCACGUCAGAAAGCUACAGAAGAUUGUGCCGCUUUCCAAGGUGUUGCGAAUUAACAGUAGCAAUCUUUUCUCCAUCAAUGAAAAGCGAGAACUUUGUUUCGAAUCUGAAGUCUACAUGGACUAUGCAGAGGAAAUACUUGCAGAGGACUAUGCAGUGACUACAAACAUGAAAAAAACUGAGUAGAAAAGAACAGUAUUAAGUCCAACUGGUAGAGGUGAUUUUCGGUAUAGUGACUACAAGAAGUAGAGAAGACGGUGUUAAGUCUGACUGAGGCAAUUUUGGCUAUAGAUGCUAUA